CGAUGCCACGCGAGCACGAAUCUAACGGCCGGGGCUCCCCUUCCACUGUGGGGCUAGGGUGGGUUUCGCAUGCUCCCACAGGUCUCGAGAUUACUGUUUGCAUGGUGUUGUCAGCUCAAAGCACCACUCAGCGCGCGCCUGGGCCGUGCCUUGGCCACUAGCAUUGUAUGUUAUUACUCAGAACCCAGAGUUGUACGGAAUCUUCUUUUGUUCGAUUCUUUGUGUCCCUUGGUGGGCACUCCGCGGUUCACCUACUCUUUGACCCUCGGCUUCUACUUCGACAUGAUACUGGACUGCAUAUCGUAAACGUGUUUCGAAUCGUACCUCAGUAGCAACUGGCCUUCAAAGGAUUCCGCUCCUGAAGAACACAGAAGAUGAUCGACUUUGAAAAGCUGGAUGUAGCAUCCAACAGCUUCGAACUCCCGGCUCACAUCCACCCCUGGCUCCAAGCGGUCGUCGUACUAGGCUUCAUCUCCUUCGUCGCCUCGGUCACACUGCUCUUCAUCCUCACCUACAAGCUCAUAUCGUGGCAUAUCAAGUCGAAGCGGAGCAACCAGUUCGUCAUCCUUAUCUUCAACCUUCUCUGGGCAGAUAUACAGCAAGCACUCGCUUUUCUGCUGAACAUUGAGUGGCUACGACUGGGCUCACUGCAAGUCGAGAAUCCGAUUUGCUUUGCUCAGGGAUGGCUGGUCUCGACUGGUGACCUGGGGAGUGGGGUUUGGUGUUUCGCCAUUGGAUUACAUACAUUUGCGUCAGUUAUUCUGGAUUAUCGACUUAAGCCGAAGGCCUUCUACUGUACAAUAGCUGCUGCUUGGAUAUUCAUCAUUGGGGUUUCCUCGAUAGGUAUCGGUUUGCACGGCGAGAACCUAUAUGUGAGGUCUGGAGUUUGGUGUUGGAUUCACCACGAUUUAAAAGAUCUUCGCUUGUGGACUCAUUAUAUCUGGAUCUUUAUCUUUGAGUUUGGCAACGUCCUCAUCUACGCCAUCACCUACGGCGUCCUGCUCCACCGUAUCCACACCGGCUACUACACACCCGAGGAGUCCAAACGAGUCCGAGCAAUAUCGAACCUCAUGGUCGUCUACCCCAUCGUCUACGUAAUAUGUACGCUCCCUCUCGCCUCCGCUCGUAUGGCAGCCAUGACCGGCGAACCCCCAUCACUCGCGCGCCUUUGCCUCUCUGGCGCAAUGAUCACCUCAAACGGCUGGCUCGACGUCCUUUUGUACACGUGCACUCGCCGCAUCAUGCUGUUCAGCGACGAGCCGCCCUCGGACGACAACGGAUUCGAAACGUUCUCACCCUUCUGGCAGGUCAAAUCCACCCGCUUUGGCGGUGAGACGACGAUCGAAGCCCUGAACUCAAAGCGGAGCAGACGCAAUGCUAGCAGAAGCGUACCAGCAUCUGGAAGGGGUAGUUUGGACGACUUGUUUCCCGUGGGGAAUAAGGAUAUCAAGCUGGUCAUGACGACGCAUGUCACGAGUGAGCCUGCGAAUAAUGAAGAUUUUGAGGAGAUGGAGGCCGGGGCCAGGAAGAUACGGCCGAGAUCUCCGCAUAGUCAGUGGAGUGAGGAUACGCAGAGUAUGAAGAAUAGUUCUCCGAUAUGAGGGAUGCGGAAGAGUUGAGUUUGUAGAUACCCCGCCGCGAGGCAAUGUUAUGUAGAUCAGCCGAAACAACGAUACAAAGUAAGAUCUAUGAG